AUGCAUCGCUUGCUUCGAAGAGAAAGAGUGGAGCCAACAAACCCCUACAUCAACGGAUGGAGGUUUACUGUGCGGCAGCACAUUGCCCCUCCUCCUACCCCAAUGACAGAUUCAUUCGGCUUGAAUGAUAAGACUGGAACGAAGGAAAGAAGGAAGCUUCACCAGGUCCAACGAUGCAUAAAGCACCCCCCACUGCAGGGAGCUGACGGACCUUUUAGCGUUGAGUUACAAAUUUGCAAGAUCCUACAGGCUGGCAAUGCUCAGUUGGUUCUCGUUGAAGUCAUUAGUGACGUGCCCUUAAAAGGCUUGAAAAAGGGAAAGCGAGUGGUGGCAAAGAUAUAUGACCCUUUGUACCUGGAUGAUGGCGGCGGCUUUUAUGACCCUUUCAUGUGUGUUGACAAUCACUACACGCAUGAAGUCGCUGCAUACAUGGUAUUUUCAGAUGUCCAGGGCUCUAUGAUCCCCGAAUAUUAUGGAUCGUUCUCUUUGGGAGUGCCUGUCGACGCAUCUACUACACGCAACGUUCGUCUCAUCCUCAUGGAAUACAUACCCGGGGCAUCUAUGCAAAACAUUUCUCCCAAAGAAGUACCGCAGCGAGAUCGACAGAGCAUCAUGAAGGCUAUUGUCCAAUUCGAAACUUUGGCAUACACCAGAGAUGUUGUUCUCCCAGAUCUCCGGCCGAGGAAUGUCAUGGUGGCCAAUAGUUCUACCCACGAAAAAGCCGUUUGCAUUGAUUUUGGCGACGUACUCUUCGGUCGCGGGAGUGUUUUCAACAGUCCUGUGAUUGACACGUAUCUCCUCCCAGGUACUUAUAUCUCACCCUUGCUGCGAUGGCAUGCAGCCUUCAGAACUCGCAUGCUUGAUUUUGCCGGUUGGAUUGACUGGGACUGGCAGCCGUGGCUUGAGAAGGAAUUCAAGCAUACAGCUUUCACGAUUACCCCAAAAAUUCAAGAGACAUUCCUUCCAAGCCACAUUCUGGAAGCCUGGUGGCAAUCCCGAAAAAACAGGGGGCUGUGUUGA